UGCUAGGCAGACAAGUAUUUUGUUGUAACGUUAGCAUGCAGCCAUUAUUUCUGACCCUGGUCUCGCGUCAGUCCGUCCUCGUUUUACCUUUAACAUACAUCUGAUGGACUGUUACUAACAUAACCGAGGAGGCCCAGUCACUAACAGUGAUGAGCAAGUUGGCUAGCAUUUGGGUGUGUAACUUAGCCAUUGAGCUAAGUAAGCAUGCUAGCCCGUCGGUGAUAAGCUGAUCUUUAGCUAUGUAACUAUUCGUACAGUCAGUAAUAUUGCUUCGUGCUCGGAAACGAACUGUUAACUUAAAUUAGGCAUUUAUGUCUGUAUCAACCCACUGAUAACUACAAGGUGGGGUUCAAAGGAAGCGUCGGAUUACUUUGGCUAAUUGGGUUGUUGUCUUCUGCACAAAUCCGUUGGUUUAGUAAAAGUAUCAAGAUCAAAAUGUGGUCAUCGUUUUACCUAAUAGGAAAAUACUUGCUUCCUGGUUAAAAAUAUGACAAUGCAAAACGCAGGAUCUGUAUUUUACAGAAGAGUGCGGUUCUGAUGUGAAGCUGGAGGAACAGGCUGUGGAGCACUGACCUCCCAUGGCUGUUAGCACCAUGGACUCUGAGUCAGGAGUUAAAGGAGGCCGUUCCCUGCUGCCUGCUGGGGCUUUGAAUGGCAGCCUGGGCCAUCAAGGGAAGCACUAUGUCUGCGGCUCCAUUGCAGCUUUUACCAAUAUCGUGGUGACCUUCCCAAUUCAGAAGGUCCUGUUCCGCCAGCAGCUGCACGGUGUGUUGGUCACAGAGGCGGUGCAGCAGCUGCAGAGGGAUGGGCUGAGGAAUCUUUACCGGGGCCUGCUGCCCCCGCUGCUCCAGAAGAGCACUACAGUGGCCAUCAUGUUUGGCCUGUACGAGGACUUCUCUAGAGUCUUACUAGAACGGGCCGGUGGCAGCGGUGUGCCAGAGCUGGUGACCAGAAGCUUUGCUGCAGCAUUGGCUGGAACCGCAGAGGCCAUCCUUACGCCAUUUGAGCGUGUGCAGACUCUCCUACAAGACCAUCGGCACCACGGGCGCUUCAACAACACAGCCCACACCUUCCGGACACUUCUGACUGAGUAUGGUGUCAGAGAGUGUUACCGUGGCCUCGUGCCCAUACUCAUCCGUAAUGGCCCUAGCAAUGUCUUCUUCUUUGGGCUCCGUGGGCCCAUUAAGGAGCAGCUACCAGAAGCCACUAGCUGGGGAGGUCACCUGGUUAAUGAUUUUGUGUGUGGAGGUUUGUUAGGGGCAGGCCUUGGCAUCAUGUUCUAUCCUUUAAAUGUGGUAAAGUCCCGGGCUCAGUCUCAGGUUGGUGGAGCCUUCCAGCCUUGCAAAGAGGUGCUGCUAACAGUGUGGCGAGAAAGGGGUGGCAGUUUGCCCAAGCUCUUCAGGGGGGCGCACCUCAACUACCACCGUUCACUCCUCUCUUGGGGGAUUAUUAAUGCCACCUAUGAGCUGCUGCUGAAGCUCAUUUGAGAGGGGGAAUGGAGAUGAGAUCUAGAGAAAGUAUCUAAAGGAAACACCUGCAUGGAGUUUGUUGAGAAGAAAGGAAAUUGUAAAGUUAAGCUUUUGCACUUGCUGUAUGGAAAUGUUUUUGGGAUGCUGGAGUUUCCAUGACUGAAAGACUGCAAUGAAGUUGCACUUCCGACAGGGGCCAACAGUCAGUGUGAUAUAAACCACCUGCCAUUGUUACCAUUUACUGUUGUCAAAACAUUAAAAACAAGACACAUACUUUAUAGACACAAGACACAUUCUACAUUUAGCCUAUACAAAACUUGUGCCAGGGUCCAAUUGAAAUGCCAUUGUUUGCUCUGUGUACAAAGAUUUGAAGGAGCAAACUGAACUCCAGUGUUUUUUUCCCCACAGUUUAAAACAAAAGUUUCCUGACUGGAUUGGAUCGAGUUCUUUUGCUGGAGUAGCUGUUUUUUCAUAUGUGCUGUGAGCUGUGGUGUGUCUUGUUGACAAUAUCUGUCUGUUUGCCCAAGAGCACUUUCUCUGUGAAGCUGUAUUCUGCCACUUAAAUUAAAUACUUUUAUACUUCUGACCAUUGAAAUACCCCACGAUUAAUUGUCAAGGAGAGUGUAUUAAUUGUUGGCCAUUUUAUUUCUCUUUAUGCUCCAUCUCCACUUAUUCAGCAUUUACAUUAAUGAGAUCAGAACGCUAAUGCUUAGGAAAUGUUUGAAAUGAGUAUCAGUGGUAUACGUGUUCUUGGAAAUCCUAGCAGACACAUGCAGGCAUGCUAAUUUGAACAGUUUCUGCUUUCACACAUGAUUCCUCUUUGCCUGUUGGAGGAGAACUUUGUUCAAACGCUUUUUGUCUUGGUUUAUUUUAUGAAGUGCUACUGGCAGGGUGUAUGUGUUGUUUGAGUUUGGAGAAGUGUCCAUUGAUGUAUAUGUCAGUAAAACAUACAGUUACACCCAGAUCUUGUCUGUUUUUAUAAUUUAUGGAAAGGAGGAAAAUAACAUUUAAUGUAGACUUAUGUUGCUUUCCAACAAUUAAUCCCAGCUUCAGAGAAAAAUAUUAAUUUGAUAAUGCACCUUGCUUCAUUUGUUCAUUGGGGGCUAUUAUUCGUUGACUGAUUAUCAAACUGAUAAUAUCUUAAAUAUCUCUUGUUUUAUACAUGUAUCUCCCUCCUUCUGAUCAUUCUUUUAGAUCUUCCCUCCUCUCACGCUUGCUCUCCUCUCUGCCCGUAACAUCUGUUGACAUAAUGGGCUCAGAUUUCAAGCUUGAGUAGAUGCAGUCACUCACCACCCAGCAGCUCUUGCUGGGUACGACAGCCCGAAGAGGAAAGGCAUGCUGCUUGGACACUGAGAGAGACUGAACAGUAAUGGUGCUGAGAGAAGACAGGGGCAGAGGGUAAUGUUCAGUGGCACAAAAAGCUUAAGCUGCCAUGUAAAUGGAUCACUUGGCCUAUUUCUUCAGUUCUUUUCAUUUUGACCACAGUGUACCGCUUUCAGAUCUGUUCAGAAUUUUCUAAGGUUUCCUCUUCGAAAGUAAGACUUUGUAUCGAAUUAGGUUUUGAAAGUGGGACACCCUUGCUUAGAUUAAAUAACGCUGUGUUUUAUAAUUACCACGUUCCCUGAAGCACAAGUCACCAAAUUGCUGAAUAAUUGCAACCAAAAUGAAAUGUUUGAAAUCAAUCUAUUAAAAGUUUUGACAGUAA